ACGAAGGUUUACAUUUCAGUAAGGCAAGAUGGAGUCAAGAGUUAUUCGAACAUAUCUUGUGUUGCUCUGUUUUUCUCUUAUUUUUGAAAUUGAAGGAGUUUCUGUGCAUAAGAUUAAUGAUUUAUUAGACGGCAAAAAUGAAGAUAUAGGGAAUCUUGGUAAAAAUAUUGAUAGUCAAAAUGAUUUAAACGUCCAUGUGCUUCAAUUAAUGAAGGAGGUUAAAACCCUAAAAGAAGAAGUGACACUGAUGAGGGAACAGUGUACACUUCAUGCUACUGGGAAAACUAAAGAACACAAUAUCCAGAAGAGAGCUCCACGAAGACGUGUACGGCGUAGGAAACCAGAAGUCGCGUUUCAAGUCGUGCUGAAGAAGAAAUCAGAGAAAUUUCACACUAACCAACCAAUCAAUUUUGACCACGUGAUUACAAAUAUAGGAAACGGUUUUGAUAUACGGACAGGCAUAUUUAUUGCACCAAUAGGCGGAGUGUAUGUCUUCAGCGCCACUAUUUUAGCGGCAAACGGUUAUUAUGUUGAAGGAAGCAUUGUGGUUCACGAUGAAACAACAGUGACUGCAGUGAGCGAUCGAAGACAAUUGUCCGAGUCGAGUAUGGACACUUCCGACCAAGGCACGGUCCAUGGCACUUUCAGAAUUCAGAAAGGGGACACAGUGUCCUUUAUGAUUAAGUGGCCUCAUGGACAGCACGAAUUGGUUGGCUAUGAUAAGACGAGUUUUGGAGGACAUCUAGUAACAGCACACAAGUCAUAAGUGUAGCUAUCAACAACAAAGAUGUUAAGCUGAAACGUUGUCAUGAGUUCCAUGAAGGCCUCCUGCUCGCAACAGAGUUUUUAAUUGUGAUAUACAGUGUGUGUAAACCACGUAAUAAAUUGCAUCAUACAUGCUACGUCGGAGGACAACAUUUUUGCUUCGAAUGAAGACUUUAAAGUGACACUCUUAUUCAAAACCAAUAAAUAUCCAUGUAUAUCUAUAUAAAUUUUAAGUGAUAAACCUUUAACUACUUCCUAAAUAAUGCAUUUAUGGAAAAUAUUAACUACUGAUAACUAGUUUGUUAUCGUGUAUUUAAUAGCUGAAUAUGCACAAAAUAUUAAAUGAUUGGUGAAUGCUAAAAGAUUUACUGCGAUUUACUUUUGUCUCAUAAGGUAGAAAUACCAUGUUUUUUGCGCAUUUCUUUCAAAUUAAACUCUCUAUCCUUCAUAAAAACCAUUGAUUUCGACAUGUAUUCAUCCUUUUUGGUAUAUGAAAACAAUUGUAUUAAUUGUGGUAAUCUUAUUUGGGAGUAAGAGUGCAUCUUUAAACAAAGAUAACUUCACUAUUUCUUCACAAUUUUGAAUGAAAUAUAGCGCAGUCUAUGCCGCUUACGGAGUCCCGCCUUCGGUCUUUUACCAGAGUUUGAUUGAGAGUUUGGUACACACAUACUGAUAUACUUACAUUGUGAUAUAUCGUCUAGUCUUUGAUCUUCUUUAACAUUGAAGAUGUUAGUGUUUCUUGGUGCAUAUUUGUUAUUUAUUUCAUUAGUUUUAUUUCUAGUUUAUAUUGCUCUUUAUGAUGAUGUUGUGGUAUAGUUUGCGCAUGUUUACAAUUAUUGUUUUCAGGUGAGUUUCAUGAGUUAUUAUUUAUAACAAUUUCUUUUUGAAUGCAAUCGUUACAGUGAUCUACGUUUGUUACACCUGAACGAAAUAAUUCCACGUCAAUUAGUCGACCAUGAUAUAGACAGUAAAUUAUCCGUUCUAAGGUCCUCAUACCCUAGGAAACUGUUUAAAUAUAUUGUAAAUGCCUACCUGAAAAGACGAACUAUUAUGUACUCUUAAUGUGAUAUUUGAUUGCUCUUGGAACUCACAUUGUAUCUGUAAUACCAACAAAUUGCUGGAUUCUUCUGUUACCAUUAAAAGAGAAAUCAUA